AUGGUAAUUUCUCAUCUAUGCGACACAAAAGGUUGUUUACGAGACUCACAUCUGCUAAUUGAAAGUAACAUCAUUAAUCAAGAUCGAAGAGCCUGCCCUGGUGUUAUUUUAACAUUAAAAUUCACAGGUCCAUCAACACCAAAACAAAUUAUACAAUUUAAACCAUGCGUCCACGGUAUUAACCAUCCCGAAGCUCAAGGUGACUUUUUAAAAUUUACCUGUCGAAAAAUUCAAGUACUUAUUCAAGAUGAAGCCUCCACGAAAUAUUAUAGAAGUCUUUGUUAA